AUGCAGAAAGCAUUACCUGUAGUUUCGCCACGGCAAUGCUCCCGAGCUGCUGCCAGGGAAUAUCGUGACCGCUACCCUAACCGUGAUCAUUUUCCGGACUACAGGGUCUUUAUGCGCGUACAUAAUACGUACAUGGAGGGAGUCUUACCCGGUCAGAAGGCUCUGAGAGCAGGUAGACCAUUAGUGCAAUUUGAAAAUGAAGAUCAAGUGCUGAUGGAAGCCAACCUUGAUCCAGAUAAGGCCUCAACGGGACAUAUCCGUAACUCGGGGUCACCAAGAUCGACGGUGCAACAUUUAUUCAAAGAGAGCAAAUAUCUGCCUACACUUGCAAAAGGUGCAAGGCGGUGCGCCCUGUUGACUAUGAACCUAGAAUGUAGAUUUUGCAGAGAGAUGGCUAAGAUACCAUAG